UGGCAGAGGACAAGCCGAAGCGAUGGGUUUGACACUGUACAUCAGGAUUUCAUGAUUAUUGAGCAAAACAGUUAUUUUCAAAGUGCUACAGGAAUAGUGCGUUGAAUUAAAAAAGGCGUAUGAACAAAAAUAUGAGAUUUUAGCAAGGUUUUAUUACGUUUGUCAGCAUAUACUGUUACAUUUUCUCGAAAAUAUUUUACAAUAAGUUCAUAGGCUCUAAUAUUCAAGAUGCAAACAAGAGAACUCUUCGUUUCAGCACCAGGGAAAGUAAUUCUCCACGGUGAGCAUUCUGUCGUGCACGGAAAGGUUGCUUUGGCUGUGAGUUUGAACCUGCGCACGUACCUGCGGCUGCAGUCCACAUCAUCCGGUGAAGUGCGCAUCAACCUCCCCAAUAUUGACACUUUUCUAUCCUGGGAAAUAACUGCGCUGCAGCCUCUUCUGGCUGGGUGUAAAGCAGAGCAGGGUGCCCUGAAGGAGCUUGACGCUGAUCUUUUGAAGAGACUACGUGAAUUCACAGGCAUUUCAGAUGAUUCCACAGACACAAGAAGCAUGGCAGUGUUGGCCUUCCUCUAUAUGUACCUGGCAGUUUUUGCAGACUCUCUGGCCAGUAUAACAUUAUCUGUGUGGUCAGAGUUGCCCACAGGAGCUGGUUUAGGCUCCAGUGCCGCUUAUAAUGUUUGUCUGUCUGCCGCUCUGCUGUCUGCCAAAGGAACCAUAUCGUCUCCUCUUACACCACAGCAGGAGUCAGCCAGGUGGAGUAAAGAGGAGAUGGAGCUGAUUAACAGGUGGGCGUUCAUGGGCGAGAAGAUCAUACACGGUAACCCUUCAGGGGUGGAUAAUGCUGUGGGCACAUGGGGUGGCUUUUUAAGAUACCACGCUGGGAAUAUAACUCCUCUAAGCUGGGUCCCCAUUCUGAGAAUCCUUCUCACUAAUACCAAAGUACCACGUAGCACCAAAGUGCUUGUUUCUGGAGUGAAGGACAAAAUUAACAAGUUUCCCUCUGUAAUGAAGCCAGUUCUAGAGUCCGUCAGCGCAGUGUCCUGCACCUGUGAACAGACUCUCACAGAGAUGGCUGCACAAGGACCUUCGGCCGAGCACUACGACAUACUGGAGGAGCUGAUUGAUAUCAACCAGCACCAUUUGAACGUGAUGGGUGUGGGUCACUCAUCUCUGGACACACUUUGUAGGGUCACUCUGGCCAAAGGGCUGCACAGCAAGCUAACAGGGGCAGGAGGAGGCGGCUGUGGAAUCACUCUCCUACGACCAGAAACAGAUACUUCGGUGAUUCAAAGCACCGUUGAGGAGCUGAAGGCCUGUGGCUUUGACUGCUGGGAAACCAGUAUUGGAGCUCCUGGCAUCCAGCAACACUCUUCAGCUGCACUCAGUCACGACAUACUGAAGAUCCUCAACAGCUACUGAGACAUAAAGAAAGCACACUGUACUCUAUGCAUCGUUACCGUUAGCACGGAUACUCAUUGCUGCUGUUACUCUGGAUCCUGGAUCGACAAAUGUAAUUCAUAAUCAUACUGAAAUUAUUUUGGAAAAUGAAACAUAACUUUAUCUGCUAAUAUUUUUUUUAAAGAAGUGUUUGUAUUAUUACAUUCAGAGUGCUUAUGUAUUAUAUAGUUUCAUGUGCCACUAGAUGGCAGCAAAGUGUAAGACAGAUUUAAUACUGUCAAUUUCAGACAGUAUGUAUGGAAUGCAAAUAAUAGUCUAUUUAAUUAAAAAUGAAUACUAGCUAAUUUAAAACUAACACUGAAUAAAUUUCAGCCUUUUUCAUGAAAAGCUGUCACGCACAAGAUUAUUAUUUCCCGGCCUGUCUUGUGUAUUCCCAGCAAAUGUUGUACAGUCAUCUCAUUUGCCAAAAUGUUUCUCAACACGGAUCACAUUUCCGACCAGAACUAGCACAGCUUGGGGCAUUUUGGGCUGAGUACAGCCGUUGUAUUAUUGUCACUAAACCCAAAGUAAUUACUUUUCAGUUCUUUGCACUUUGUCAGAAUGUUUUGCACCGGAAUGGUUCCGAAGCCAAGGAAGGGAUGCGAGGACGCAUUUGGCUGUCGACCAGACGCAGUCCGAGUUGAUCUGCGAAGCGCGGUGAUGAAAUAAACGCUCUGCACUUAGAGCGGAGCACAUUUCCCCACAGUCCCAGGAGAGGGGUGUAAUUUUAGUGGUGUUUUGUGAGGAGCAGAUAAAGAGGGCUAUCUUCAGCUCACAAGACCUGGAGCUAGAGAAUAGGAAAUGGAUUUGCUCUGAGAUGAAUGUGUUCCUGUAAACUGAAGGCCGGCAGAAGGACAGAGCCUCUUACGCUUGAACAAGUCAACUUUGAGAAGACCUAGAGAGGUCAGAGACACCUUUAAAAGUGAGUGUUGCUGGUUUUGCAAAUGUGAAGCUGUCAGUUUGCUUAAUCCAGGCACAUAGCCAUCAGUUCAGAAGUGAAGGAACAUAAUGUGCAGACCUGUUUUCCUGGCAAGUCUUAUUUUGCUUUACUUUGUAUUUUUAGCACAUUUGAAUUGUUUUAGGCUAUUUAUGUUUUGUGCAUUUGUGCAACACUCUUAAGACGUUUUAAUUCAAGUCAAGUCAAGCGAACUUUAUUUAUAUGGUGCUUUUAUCAAUACAGGUUGUCAAAGCAGCUUUACAGUGUUAAAUAGGGAAAAUAGUGUGUAAUAAUGCAAAAGAACAACAGUAAACACUCAAUUUUCGGUGAAAGUCAGUUGAUUAAGUGAUGUCAUCAUCCAGC